GGCGGAUGGCGGCUACGGCGGCUCAUUAUUUUCCGCUGCAGGGGUGCUGAAGCGGGGACGCGGGUCGGACGCGUCCGGCUGUGGAAGAGAGCGGCGGCCGCUCACAACAUGCACAGCCUGGCGACGGCUGCGCCUGUGCCUACUACACUGGCACAAGUGGAUAGAGAAAAGAUCUAUCAGUGGAUCAAUGAGCUGUCCAGUCCUGAGACUAGGGAAAAUGCUUUGCUGGAGCUAAGUAAGAAGCGAGAAUCUGUUCCUGACCUUGCACCCAUGCUGUGGCAUUCAUUUGGUACUAUUGCAGCACUUUUACAGGAAAUUGUAAAUAUUUAUCCAUCUAUCAACCCACCCACCUUGACAGCACACCAGUCUAACAGAGUUUGCAAUGCUCUGGCAUUACUGCAAUGUGUAGCAUCACAUCCAGAAACCAGGUCAGCGUUUCUCGCAGCACACAUCCCACUUUUUUUGUACCCCUUUUUGCACACUGUCAGCAAAACACGUCCCUUUGAGUAUCUUCGGCUCACCAGCCUUGGAGUUAUUGGGGCCCUGGUGAAAACAGAUGAACAAGAAGUAAUCAACUUUUUAUUGACAACAGAAAUUAUCCCUUUAUGUUUGCGAAUUAUGGAAUCUGGAAGUGAACUUUCUAAAACAGUUGCCACAUUCAUCCUCCAGAAGAUCUUGUUAGAUGACACUGGUUUGGCUUAUAUAUGUCAGACGUAUGAGCGUUUCUCCCAUGUUGCCAUGAUCUUGGGUAAGAUGGUCCUGCAGCUAUCCAAAGAGCCUUCUGCCCGUCUGCUGAAGCAUGUAGUGAGAUGUUACCUUCGACUUUCAGAUAACCCCAGGGCACGUGAAGCACUCAGACAGUGCCUCCCUGACCAGCUGAAAGACACAACCUUCGCCCAGGUGCUAAAAGAUGACACCACCACGAAACGCUGGCUUGCACAACUGGUGAAGAACCUGCAAGAGGGCCAGGUCACCGAUCCCCGGGGUAUCCCCCUGCCCCCUCAGUGAUCCUUCCCUGUUCCCUCCCACUACUCCCCCAAGUUGGGGAAAGGAGGGGGAACCUACAAGAAAAACAGCUCAGGUUUUAUCACCGACUGGGAAUAGACAACCUCAAUGCUGAACCGCACUGGAGAAAAGGGGCAAGGUACCCCUGCUGAGGUGUAUGGGCUGCCAUCUCAGGCUGUCUUGAGGACCUGGGCUCCCUCUGCUACUCCCAGGAAAUGGGCUCCUGACACAGCAGUCUGCCACCACAGCCCCAGGAGGGUGUCAACACCAGCAAAUGCUGUAUUUGCAGCAUGUCCAAGAUGACCCUUCUCCCCUACCUCUACCUAGCCACUGGCAGGGAGGGGAGACAGUGGUGAUAGCAGCAGCACUCUGGGCAUGGUGAACGCCUGGGACCAAGCCAUGUGGCGUUUUUUAUUUUGCCUUCCUGGAAGACUCAAGAUGUGUCUCUUCAUUCUCUCUCAGUAUUUGUUUACUUUGGUUUUUUUGUUUUUAAUCUCAGAGAGAGGUGUGUUUAGUGGGCACAAGCUGUAAUAUUCAGCAAAACUUUGUCAAUUGGCACUGUUUACAAGUCUGUUAGCUGCAUAAGCUCAAUAAAAAGUUGGUCUGGGCAUUACAUCCCCUCUGGCAGGCCAAUAGCUGCAUCAAGCUGUUGGGAGAAAUGGGAGGGCAGGGGAAAGAUGUAAAGCCAAAGGACAGCAGGAACCUACCGCCUGUUUCCCUUCCUUCUCCCAUUCUACUCCCAGUCCGGAAUGCCACAAGGACCUUAACCUUGUUUCGGGCUUUAGCUGCUAGUUUUCCCAAAUCUCAGUGCUUUCCCUUUUUGAACUUCCCUUCUAUUAAACUUAAAACAGACGUCUUAAUUCAUCAGGCUGUCUUGGAAGGGUAUUGUAUUGGGAGACAAGGGGUGGUGGUGGACCUCACCUUCAAUCCAAGUUUUCAAAGAUAUUUUCUCGGUAACUCUAAAAGGGAGGUGCUUGGGAUUAAGGUGACAGUCCACUUGAUCCUUUUCUUUGUUUUAGUAUGAAUUUCAGCAGCUCCAUCUGUCUUCAUGAUUGUACUUGAGCAGUAUUAGCUGUAUGAGUUAAUUUUAUUCAGAUUGAAGAGGGAGGGCUGGGUUCUGCUCACUCAGUCUUUUUUUUUUUUUUUUUUUUUUUUUUUUUUGACACAUUCUCUUUUGGUCUAUGGAAAUUGCAGGGUUGCCGCUAAAAUAUUCGCUUGUUCAUAUCGUGUCAGAGAUUUCCUCUUCUCUGGAGCUUAGGUGGCUCUUCACAAUCCACAGGCUUGAAUCUGCAACCUAGUGUAAACUGCCUUGCUUUCCCCAGUCCUUUCCCCUGCUAGCACCUGCUUUCUCAUCCCCAUCUCCAAUCAAAGAUGGGAUUGCUUAAUCCAACUCUGGAGAGGGACCAAGUCUUUUCUGCCCACAUUUCACACAAUUGAGGUGUCUGAACAAGCUUGAGGAGGGUCUAUAAGGGGCAGGCUCAAAAAAAAAAAAAAAAAAAACCAUUUGCAGAGGCAGUUUUGCCAACAUAAGGGCUCUUUCAAGCCGACUUUCACAAAGAGAGCCGGACUUGUUAGUUGGCUUCUGUCUCUUCAGAGCCAAGAAAAUAGUAAUUAAGUGGCCUAGAUAUAGGAAGGGCAGAAUAAGCACUUACUCCCCCUGCCUUCCAAGAUGAAGAGGAGAAGCAGGCCAACCCUCAAUAAUCGCAAACCUGAAGAGAAGUGAUCUUAGAGAAAGCAGAGAACAGAAUGGACUGGAUAGACAUCUUGACUCUAUUCAGCCCGUAGUCUGUGAUCUGGAGAGUCCAGUUAAGGUAACCCAGAUUUUUGACAACCGCCUUCCUGCUGAGCCAAAGUUUUCUCAUUCCCGUUCCACUGGGGAAGCAGCUGAGGCCCAGGGCCUUGCUCCCUGGGAAAUUCUCUUCUCUCCAUCUUUUGGUGCAUUGGCCAUGUUACUGUGCCAAAGUGUCUUAAUUCUUGUCCCAUCUAUUCUCAGCUGGCCUUGGAACCCACAUAGGAGUUGGUGGGGGAGGGGUGGAAUGGGUAUUAUUCAUUGUAGUUGAUCCUGAUGUGCGUAUUAUAUAAAGAGACCCCUCCCCUUAUUUUGUGUUUUCCAUCCCUCUCCCUUAACAGGAUUGAAAUAAAACAUGCUUCUGUUUUUGUAAAAAUAA